UUAUUUUAAUCGUAUAAAAUUAAUAAUAAAAAUGAAGGUCCCGGUGUGGUUCACCACGGAACUUUUUCAGAACGCCCUUAGGACAUUCCUCCAAGAUGCGAACGUUCGGCUGCUGAAUUUAUCGACGAAAGAUGCGAUUCCCGCUGGGGAAAAUUACACCAGUGACCUCUUUAGGACCUCGAUCACUUAUUCAAGCACCGACGGAAAACCAAAGAUAAUAUCGGUGAUUGUAAAAUGUGGAAACGAAGACGGCGGGGUUAAGGAGGAUUUGGCCAAAAAGCUGAAUCUGUUUGAAAAGGAGGCCGAGAUGUUUAGCAGAACGUUUCCCGCCAUGUAUGAGAUCUUAGGUGAUUUUUACACAUUAUCAUCGAAAUGCCUCUACACCUCUCUCACUCCUCACUCGAUAAUAAUCCUGGAGGAUUUGACCACUUUGGGAUUCGACGUGUUGCCACGUCACAUCGGGUUCGACUUGGAGCAUUGUUUCCUGGUGGUGGAGAAAAUGGCCCAGAUGCAUGCCGCUUCUGUUAUCAUGUACGAAAAUGAUCCUUCUAAAGUGAAGUUGUACAAUGAGGGACUGUACGGGAACAAUCCGCUCACGAGGGAUUGGGUGGCGGCGGGUUAUAAAGGGCUGAUUGAUGCUUGUUCCAGGUGGCCCGGUUUUGAAAAGUAUGGAUACAAGUUGCAAGCGUUGGGCGACGAGGCCCUCGAACGGGGAUUCCAGGCGCAAAAGCGGAAAUUGGGGGGUUUUAAUGUGCUGAACCACGGCGACCUUUGGGUUAACAACAUGAUGUUCUCUUAUCAUCCCGAUGGGAAGUUGCUCGACAUGCGAUUUAUCGACUUCCAAAUGAACAUCUUCACGAGUCCGGCCAUCGAUCUACACUACUUCAUAGCCACCAGUACGAAAAUCCAAGUGAAAGUUGACCAUAUAGAAAUCAUUCUGGAUCAUUACUAUGCCCAAUUGAUCGCCAAUUUGGCAAAAAUGCAGUAUUCCUUGGAACGGGUGCCUACCAGGGAACAAUUUAAGAACGAUUAUAAUCAUAGGGCUUUUUAUGGUUUAAUGGGUGCGGCUACGGUGUUGGCCUUUGUGAAAGCAGAAGAGGGAAGAGUGGACGCCUCCUUUGAAAACAUCAUAAAGGACGAAAGUAAGGAGGGAUUCAGGUAUCACGCGUACAACAACGAGAGGUACCGAAAACAUAUGGAGCAUCUGUUACCUUACUAUGACACUUUCGGGAUAUUGGAUUAGAUUAAUGGGGUUAAAAUGAAUAAACAAAAACAAAGAGCAAAA